CUACGCUCCCGUCAUCCCCUGCGGCGCCACGCGGGGCGGGCCGGUUGCUAGGUCUUGGUGAAACGCAGCGAUUCGCGCGAGUCUCCCUAGUCCCCGCCUGCUGAGGAUGAGGAUGGAGCCCACCCCAGGCCUCACGGAGCGGCAGGGUCCUGAGAAGGUGGCUGGGAGCACAGAGCAGGAGCCAGCACCGUGGCAGGCUGUCCCUGUGCUGUCCGAGCAGCAGUCUGGGGACAUGGAGCUGGUGUUGGCCUACGCCGCGCCCGUCCUUGACAAGCGCCAGACCUCCCGCCUCCUCCGGGAGGUGGCAGCUGUCCACCCGCUGCCCGCACAGCCCCACCUCAAGCGGGUGAGGCCUCGGCCCAACAGCCACGGUGCCCCCGUGCUAGAGCUGCUGCUAUGCCUGGCCGGCCCCGCCCCAGGUCCACGCUCACUGGCUGAGCUGCUUCCCGAGCCUUCUGUGGACCCCCGAGGCCUGGGGCCGCCCUUUUUGGUACCUGUGCCUGCCCGGCCACCCCUCACCAGGAAUCAGUUCGAGGAGGCCCGGGUACACUGGCCCACAUCCUUCCAUGAGGACAAGCGGGUGACCAGUGCGCUGGCCGGGCAGUUCUUCUCAGCGGAGGAGCGAGCCGUCAUGCAGGGCUACAUGGAGCGGGCAGUGCGAGUAGCCCAGCGGGCAGCGGCCCAGGGCCUCCGGGCUGUGGGGGCUGUGGUGGUGGAUCCCGCCUUGGACCGUGUGCUGGCCAUGGGUCACGACUGCCGCAGUGCCACCAGCCCCCUGCUGCAUGCUGUCAUGGUGUGCAUCGACCUCGUGGCUCAGGGCCAGGGCCGUGGUGCCCAUGACCUCCGCGCCCACCCGACCUGUGCCUUCUCCCCGGCUGCUGCCCCCCAGGCCCACGCGGGCACUGUGCGCAAGCUGGAGGAAGAUGAGGAUGAGGACGGCCAGCCCUACGUGUGCACCGGCUAUGACCUGUACGUCACCCGAGAGCCUUGCGCUAUGUGCGCCAUGGCCCUCGUGCACUCCCGCAUCCGGCGCGUCUUCUACGGGGCCACCUCACCCGACGGUGCCCUGGGCACCCGCUUCCGUGUCCACGCCCGGCCUGACCUCAACCACCGCUUCCAGGUGGCUGCAGGCUUCAGCCCAGGUGCCAGGUCAGCUGAAGCGGAAAUGUCUGGGAAGGAGAACAACUUUCCACCGCUACCUCGGUUCAUCCCGCUGAAGCCCUGCUUCUACCAGGACUUUGCUGACGAGAUCCCCAUCGAGCACCAGGUGCUGGUGAAGAGGAUCUAUCGGCUUUGGAUGUUUUACUGUGCCACCCUUGGGGUCAACCUUGUCGCCUGCCUGGCCUGGUGGAUUGGCGGUGGCUCGGGAGCCAACUUCGGCCUGGCCUUCGUCUGGCUGCUGCUCUUCACCCCCUGCAGCUAUGUGUGCUGGUUCCGGCCCGUCUACAAGGCCUUCCGAGCUGACAGCUCCUUCAAUUUCAUGGCGUUCUUCUUCAUCUUCGGAGCCCAGUUUGUCCUGACUGUCAUCCAGGCUAUUGGCUUCUCGGGAUGGGGUGCAUGUGGCUGGCUGGCGGCCAUCGGGUUCUUCCAGACCAGUGUCGGUGCCGCCGUGGUUAUGCUGCUCCCCGCCAUCAUGUUCUCCGUGUCCGCUGCCAUGAUGGCCAUCUCGAUCGUGAAGGUACACAGGAUCUACCGUGGGGCUGGCGGAAGCUUUCAGAAGGCACAGACAGAGUGGAACACAGGUGCCUGGCGGGACCCGCCGUCGCGGGAGGCCCAGUUCAACAACUUCUCUGGGAACAGCCUGCCCGAGUACCCCACCGUGCCCAACUACCCGGCCAGCGGCAGCCACUGGCCUUAGAGGGGGCUGACAGCCCUGCCGCCUGCCCACAGGCCUGCAUCACUGCCCCCCUGCUCCUGCUGCCCCCGGUCCUGUGAGGCCUGAGCAUCUGUCCUGGCCUCCUCAGGGGCCCAGCCACUGCCAGAGCCCGAGUUCAUUUCAUCCUGGGGGCCCACGGUCUCAUCUAGCAGCUGCCUGUGUUUCCCUGUGGGCAGCUACACCUUCAUCUCCAGGUUGCAGAGGGUGGCAGCAGGCUGCCUGUGCUGUCCAUCCCGGUAGAGCUGAGGACAUAGAGGUCCUGAUGCCAAGCUCUGUGUUGUCCCCUUAACCCACCCGUUGCCUGGGCUGGGGAGGGGCUGAGCAUCUUGUGGUCCUCUGUCCGUCUCAUGCCACAUGGGGUGACGGCUCCAUGGAUGAGGCUGCAGGGGCAGCAGAGGCAGGUCCACUGCCUCAGCAGUGAGCUGUGCUGCUCCCUGUCUAUCUGGGCUUCUCCUGUGGGACAGUGAUGUUGGGACCCUGGUGUCCUGUGUUUCCGUCUGUGGCAGACAGCCUUCCUCUCCUGGGACCAAGGUCCCGCCCUGCAGGACCUCUGUCUGCAUGCUGAAAACUGGCCGAGCUCCUGGGCAGGGGCGCUUGUCCUGACCCGGAGGAGAGCAGCGUGUGUCAGCUGCACAGUGGAGGGUGGCCAGGACACAGGGGCCCCUGUGCUGAGAAGCCAGACAGAGCCUCUUCCCAGAUGUGCGCGUGCAGAGGCAGGAGGGUAGCCUCGCCCGGCAGCGGGCAGCCCUGUGCCUUAGAAAGGAGUCUUGCAGCCAGCACUACUCUCCGCCCCAGGUGCAUCCUGCGGGGCAGCCUCAGCUCCUUUAACGAUAUUUGGGCCAAAAAUCAACUUCCUUUGGUGACCUUUCCAUGCGCUGGCCAGGCCUCCACAGGCCUCUGCACCCAGCGCCCCAUCCCUGGGGGUCACGGCAGCCAUCCUGGGAAACUUACAGGGAGGUACAGGCCUGGGCUCAGCUGGCUUCAGGUCCCUGCCACUGCAUCAGGGUGGCGUUGCAGCCGGAGUGUAAGGCGCCGGGGAGCGGAGGCCCUGGGUGCCCAGCAGCCCUGCCCACCCCUGCAUGUGGAUGGUCACGCUGCAGUGGGUUUUAUUAGCUGAUAACAUUCUGGAAAUAAAUCCUCUUUCUGCGUCA